AUGGGGAAAAUCCGGAGGAUAUCGCCGGCCGUGCAAACCGCCCAAGGCUCCUGUGUGGACGCUGACGGAUACCAUCCUAUGAAGAUCAUCGAGAUCAGCUUUGUGUCGCAUCGCAAUCACCCCCGCAAGCACUGGCGAAGGCCCUCUCGCCCGCACUAUCAUCUUGUCAACCGGGACCUCAUGCCUGCGACUAUGCGCUCCCACAAGCACCACCAGAUGUCUUACGCGCCGGACGAGCCGAGCGAGGUCAUUUUCGCCGAGAAGACGUACCUCCAGGGUACUGUUCUGACCGGCGUGGCCUAUGGCGCGCUGUUCAUGCUCUACUGCAUCUGUAUCCAUCUCCUCUGGGCCCGCAAGCGUCGCGGCAUUCGCGGAAGCGACCUCUUCCUUGUGUAUACCACUGUCAUCAUCAUCCUCAACACGUUGAAUCUGGCGGGCGCGACCUCCUUCGCGCAACUCGCCUUCAUCGACAAUCGCAAUUACCCUGGCGGCCCGGCUCAAUACGAGAAUGACUUCUACUUCGUCACUCUCAAUACGAUGUGCAACAUCUCGUACAUGCUUGGCAAUUGGCUCGCCGAUGGGCUCAUGCUCUGGCGAUUCUGGGUCAUCUUCCGAGGGUCCAGGCGACCCGGAUGGCUUAUCAUGGCACUUCCUGUCCUUCUCUAUUUGGGCACUAUUGCCAUGGGCGUCUUGCUUCUCAUUCAACUCUCUUCAAGUUCGCCUUGGGGCUCCGCCUCAAACGUUAACUGGAUCAUUCCGUUCUUUGCCACCUCCCUCGCCUUUGGCGCAGUCGUCACUGUCGCCAUUUGCGGAAGGCUGUACUACUAUCGUUGGUCGAUCUUGUCUGCUAUGCCCGGCCACAACCACGGCGACCAGUAUACGGGCAUCGCUGCCAUCAUCGUCGAAUCGUCGCUCAUUACCUCGACUUUCACACUCCUUUGCCUUGUCCCGCUUGUCAGGGGAAGCGCGGUCGCCAACCUCUUCUUGCAACCUCUUGGCGAAAUUCAGGCUAUUGCGACCCUGCUCAUUGUAUACCGCGUCGCCAUCGGCCGCGGAUGGUCUACCGAGACAACCGCCUUCCUCUCAACCUCGCGUGACCCGGAGUCUUCCAUGGGCAGCAAUGGCACGCGCCGUGUGGCACGUCCCGUGCUGGUGGCUAUGAGCAGUACAACGUUCACGCAAGCCUCGGAUAGCAAGUCGCGCGUCGAUCCCUCAAAUGUAUCCUUCAACGCCGAGCUGGAGAUGAAGGGCUUGAGCGGUUCGUUGCCAGAAACCGAGGGAUCCUUCAUCAAGGCCUGA